GGAGGAAAAAGAGACGGCAGUACUGCUGAACAAGCAGCUCACGACUGCCGGGUCUACUUCAACGACAAGUCGCACUUCUUCAUCCAACGUGGCUCUUAGCGCUGAUACUGUGCUGCCAGGUUCCGCUGGAUUUCUGGGGCAGAAGCGGCCGAGAUCGGCGUCGGAGACAAAACUGCGUUCGCAGCUGCUGGACACCUCGACGGCGCUGCGGAAAUUUGUCCGCGACCGCAGCAAAAGUGACCUCUUCGACGAUCGUUUGACGUUUUGCCACUAUAAUUGGCGCCUGGUUCAGCAAAAACACAGCAGCGAUCUCCGCAAGAGCCACGGCGAAUCGCAAGCAGCUGAAUUCACGACGGCAAAGCGUGCUUCCACCGCUCCGGCAACAGAAGCAAAGAUGCACUCGUCAACAUCUCCGCGGCAUCAAGCCGGGACAGCACAGCAGGUCAGCCGGUCGUCCGCCCCAAGUCGUGGCUGCACUGCAGGAAAAACUGGAGACGGUGGUGUUUCGACAGGAGCCAGCCUCUCCCUCCUCGGCCGCCAGCGGCUGCUGCCCGCCUCGGCGUACCUCAGUGCAGACUUUUCGCCUCGGCAGCAGAAGGAGGUGCGGCAGAUGCAGCGCAUCGUGAAGAAAAGCCAUACCUCUUUUGAGGGCGCAGUGGGUGUGAUCGGAAACAUGCUGAAUGAGAAACGAAGGAAGCCUCAAAAUAUCCGCAUGUCCUUGGUAGAAAAACUAGCGCUCGCAGCGAAUCGCGGAGUCGAGAUGAAAAACCAAGAGGACGGGGCGGGGCUUGCGAAGCAGCGACAGAACAGCCAGAAAACCAGCAGUACAAGAAUCCGCUCACCUCUGUCCCCCGUCGGCAAGAAACAAAGUCAAGCGGCACUGGUCGUUGACAAAGGAGAAAACGACGCCGGUACAACUACGCACGCACUACAGCUAAUACAGAAGCUGCAGCCCACCUCUUCGUGGUCCAGAAAAACUCUACUCGCAUCUACCGCUGACUUUGCCCCUACUACACAAACUGCUGCCCGGGAAGAUGCACAAGAUGAUACUGGGGGAGAACAACGGCGUGAGGGUUUUACAGAUAGUCUUUUCACAACCAAGAAGAGUUUUUCCCUCGUGAUAGAGCCCGACACUGAGGUGGACAGCAAACAAUUAUGGGUGACGAAGGCAAAUUCCUUUGCGGCGAUGCUGCGACCAGCAACUACGGCGUCGAUAAUGUUGCCAACAUCAUCAUCGUCCAUUUCAGUCUCCGCUCAAGCCCAGCGAGCAACAUUCGCCGGCUUCGCGGGAACGAGACAGAGCGGAGGAGCAGCACCGACGGCUUCGACCGGAACCGGCUCCGUUUCUUUUCCUCGGAAGGGCAGCGUGGUUUUCGAUUUCUCAGGCGGACUUGAGGGCGAAGUUGGGGAAGAAGAGAUGAAAAACAGGAACAGCGUACUCUUCGGAAAGGACGAAGCGCCGGAUCCGCGGUUGCCACUGAGCACGCGCGACACGUCCUACAUUUUCGAGAAAAACAGCCAGCAGGAACAAGAGCGAUCCGGUGUUGCCGCACUGCAAGGUGUCGGCGGGAGGGACUUUACAACAGCCGCCACACAGCACUAUUGGAUGAAUAAUCCCUCCGCUGCUGGUGCUGGUGAAGCUCCAGAACGGGCAGGAGAAGAGGCCGACCCCAUUCCCGUGCAGCCAGUGCUUUCGUUUUCCGCCGAGUACAAAAAAAGGGACCACCUGAACGCAUUGACCGCAUCGUUGACACGGAAGCUCCAGCACCACUUCGAACGCGAGAUCGAGAAUAUCACACGAAAUAAAAACUGUAUCUGUGUGGGUUUCAACUUGCACCGCGGAAGUUUCAUCUUGAUGCAAUGGCCAUUUCCUGUCAUGCGCGGCAUUGUGCACCUGCACAUGCAAGAGCAAAAAAGUCUGGCCGGCGUUUUUUCGUUCGUCCGUGCUUGGGCGUCCCUACGACGCAUCACCGCAUCCCCUUGUUGCGCUGUGCAAAAGAACCGAAGAAAACGUAGUUUUGCAUUUGCGUUGCUUCUUGAAGAAAAAACUCACUGGUACAAAGUUUUCACUCGAUAGAAAACGACCGUGCAGACGACGAUGGGUCCUCCGUUUCGUCGGUGGCAAUCGGUGGCGGCGGGAAAAAGAUGCUGCGAAAGCAACCCUCCGCCCUGGAAGAGUUUGCCUCGCAGUACGCUCGUGCGGCGAAGUCGCGCCAGACGCUCACCAAAUUGAUGAAAAAGGUGAAGAGGAGGUGAGGAGCAGCAGCAUGUGCACAGCAUCUUCACCAUCAAUGGUGUGUGUAGUACUUACUUCUUUCCGGUUCAGCAGUAUGCAUCGGUGUCGCCGAUAGAUGACCCAGCUGUUACAUACUAUUGAUUGUCCGAAGAGGCAGAACAUGUACGAUUUUCAAGAUAUUAGAACAGACUUUUCCAAGCUCGUAUUCAUUUAUUGAAAAGUACUAGAAAAUGGCAAUAUCAACAUGUCGUCAAGAAAGAGAAGCACAAACAAAAGUACAGGUUACUUGUUUCUAAUCUUUAUCCGUUCAUCAACAACUGUAAAAUAUUUCGCACGACACAGUAGAUUCUCAUGUAGUGUAUUACUUGCAAAAAGUGUCGCAGGUUCCUGCCAAGAACAUGGACAAAAGUGUUUGGAUUGCAACGUGUGCUAGCUGUAUAAUGUUGACGUGCCGUAUUAUAUCGCUUAGAAACUUCCGUCUUUGAUUCGUAAAA